GCGGGGCGGGCUGGACCUCAGCUUCUUGAGCCGGGAGGAGGCCCGCGCCGUCCUGCACGUGCUGAGGCGGGACUCGGCGCUGCGCAGGGCCGAGAGGGACAGGAUCAGCAAACUUCAAAAGAAAAAGCCAGAUGUAACAGGACAGCAGGGAGUCACUGGAGAAUGGUUUGAAGAAAUGGAGAAAAAAAACCUUCAGAAUGACACUGAUGUCAGCAGAAUGCUAAAACAACCACUAGGUCACCGAUUAAAGAAGACCGUGAGAAACAAUCCUAAUGAGUUGAAAAUGCCAUCUCCCCCAAAUCCACAACCACAGAAGAAUGAAAAGAACACCACAUCUUCCAUCCUGGGAUUUAGAUCCCCUUUCGCUUGGCUCUUCUCCUUCAGAAAAUCAAGGAAGCACACUGGAAAGCACCAAACUCAGGAACAGCCACAAUAUGACAACUUUGCGCAGGGUGCCCAUUCAGCUUUUGAAGUGGAGGAAAUGGCAAAGGCUGAAGCACACCACUCUUCUUUGCCAGAGGAACCGACUGGUAACCUUUCUGAUGGAAUUCAAACUGAUAUGAUGGAGGAAAAUUCACCUGCAUGGAAUGAACAGCUGGAGGAAGAGCUCUUUCGUGUUUUAGAUGACCUGGACAACCAGCUGGCACAAGAACAAGUCCAAGAUCCAGUGAACAGGACGACUUCAGUGAAUGUUGAAUCAAUUGUACAAUGCAGUAAGCCAUUACCUGCCACAAGCAGACAAACUCAUAGUAGGGGACGACAUAGAAAUGACUGCAGUGGAACGGCCAACUUGUUUUUCCUUGAUGGGAUGAGAACAGUAAGAGCCAAAGAUGAACAUAAUAUUUUCUGCAGAACAAGGAGGUUGCACGAUACAUACAUAAACAGGCAACACACAGCCUCUACAGAGGAUUAUAUGCACAGUGAUUCAUUUGACUUAAAUUCCCCUGUUUUGAACAGAAGGCUGUCUUCUCCAUCUUUUGGACAGUCUUCGGAAGGCAGCUUACAUCUUCCUUCCAUAACACGGAGCAGUGGAUUUGUACACCAGGGUUAUAUAGACAAGGACACAGUUGGCAGAAGUUACUCUCUCUGUUCUCUCAUGAGAUGCCCAUCCUUUGGCUCCUCAGAUCAGUUCUCAACAAAUAGUUUACAACAUCCAUUGGUAAUGGAUAACAGUGGCUUUGUACGAAGAAACAGUCGACAAAACCCAAAACGAAUUCCUCUGUCUUCUAUAGAAUGGAACAAGCCAUAUUUUUCUGAACACCCAGUAAAUCAAGACAGACUUUUUAAGACCCAAUCGUUAAUUGAAUUUAAUUCCACUCAUCGUGGUAUGCAUCCCAGCCCUCCACAGGAAAGAAGAAAAUACGAACUUUCCCAUUCAAAACACCAUUACAGAAGUGAUUUAUCAAGUACUAAUUGGUUUAGUAGGAUGAGUUGCCCUGACACAGCUUCUGCUCCAUUGUACUUUGAAAAUUGGGAGAAUUAUCCGUUCUGGUGCUCAGAAAAUAACCUCCCUAGGUAUCAUUAUAGCGAUAUUACUUGUCAUGGGAGGUUGCAAAUGCACCAAGAUAGUACUCCUCGUGGAAGUAGAGAGAGGCAUCCUUCAUGGUCUGAUAUUCACCAGUACUACAAUGAGGAUGCUUUUCUUUCCCCUGAAGCUGACUUUGACAUUAUUACAACCCAUUUCAAUCUCCUGCAAAAUGUACAUGCAAAGAAUGCUGCACCAUCAUCACCAUUUGUUUCACAGCACCAUCAGAGCAACUUUCAGACACAGUCCAUGAAUAACAUGGAAGUAUUAAAGGGUGCAAAUGCUAAAGUGCUUCCAGAGUUUACAAGAGAUCUUAAACCCUGUUUCACAUAUAACCCUGCAAUUUCUUUGUCUGACAUCAAAACAGAUGCUUCUCAUGAAUCUUUCUACCUUGGUUUCAGGGACCAAACAAAACCCAUAAAACAGAAUAGUGAUUCUGUCACUGAGAUUUAUCAGAACCAGCCAAAGCCUAGGGUUAUCCCAGCAAAUAUUAAGAAAUACUUUAAAAAAACUGCUUCAGAAAAGGAGAGAAGUAUGAAACUAUCAGGGGAGGCAAACCAGGAAAAUAGUAAAAUGACAUCAUUGCAGCCAGAUUCUCAGCAAAUAGAUACAAAUAGCACUGAUUCCCAAUUUCUUCCCUCUCAUAACUCUGCUGUUGCUACCUUGCAAAACGGCACCUCUCUUCUUAAUUUACCUUUUGCAGUGAGAUCAAGGAGAAAACCCCACAUCACUGCCAGAAGAAGAGAUAUUGCGAAAAUGUAUGUGUCAAGCAAUAAUAAAAGAAAUGUGCAAACAAAGGAAAAUGAUCACCCUGCUAACAGUGGAUUUAAUCAAACCCCUUCUCUUCUAUCAGCUGAUGAGAACAAAAAGGAAUUGUUUUUUCCGAAUCAAAAAAAAUGGGAACAUAAUUUCCAUAGCUUAACAAAAACAAAAAGUAUUGAAUUAGAAAGCCAGAGAGCAGAAACGACUAAUCAGACUGGUCCUAAGAGACAGUCUUUACUGGUAGCUGAUCUGCAGAGUAAUGCAUCAGUCCAUUCUGUUCCAAUUACUGGAAGACUGGCAGAGCACCAAAGCAAGUUGUCUGGUACUCCACAACGUUCUGGUUUAUUAAAAGGCUUUUCUUCUAAGAGUUCUUCUCAAUGUUUAGGAACUCCUACUAAUUCUUCAUUGAACUGCAUUGUUACUGAAGCUCCAGCAGAAGGUGGGAAAGUUGCUCAGUUAAGUGCUGUAAGUCUUGGAAAAGAAACCCUGCAGGAAAAAAGCCAAGAUGUAAAUGUAGCUAAUGAGGACCAUAAUAAAAAAAUAACUACCAGUUGUCCUGAGAACAGAAAUUCUGAGCAUAUUUAUGCAUGCUGUUCUGACGGACCCAAGAUCACUAAACAUGGUUUACAUUCUUUUUGCCAGAAAAAAGAAAAUGACAAAACAAGAGAAAAUGCUUCUUGCACUGAAAGUCUCAACAAGCCAGAAGACCUACCGAGACCUACAACUAACAGUGGAAUUACUGGCUCCCCUGAUAAAAACAAAUCCACAUCUUCUGUGCCACUUGUAGCUUACUACACCUUACCUAGAAGAUCAGCUAGCAUUGCUGGCGGUGUCAUAUCAGCUAAGUUGGUGUCUAACCCUAAAAGUGAAGUCCCAUUCAAAAGUGAAAUCACCAUGUGGGAUCCUUUAGAGACUUCAGACAGAACUGAUGCCUUUUCUCCUAAUCAAGGAGGGAAAAUCUCUUCUUUAGAUUCAGCACAAGCCUCUCAAACUGCAUCCCCUUUCCAUGGCGUUGCAAACAUCAAAGGGCAUCAAAUUGAGGAUUACCCUUUGCCUUUAACCCAGCAGUUUAACCACCCCUUAUGUAAUAGUGCAGCUGUCUCCAGUUCAAAUGAACUUACAGGUAGAGCUGCAGGUCUGAACAGAAGGGAAUCCUCUGUAUUUCUAGAGAGUCUAGACAAAGAAACAAUAAAUUCUUUACAAAAAUAUAAAACUACUAGCACAUUUACAGUUUGUGUUGAUGAGGAUAAUGUCAAAUAUCAUGAACUAGUUUCAGUUUAUUACACAUUACCACGCAGGCAUUCAAGAACAUUGUGUAACCUCUUUCAAGACAAUGCAGAGAACACUGAUUUACCACUUCACUUGGAAAAAUUUCAGUGGCCAAAAAUGUCAAAGAAGAAAUCUGAAGCCCACAUUGGUUUAGCAAAUGUAGCUUUUCCUAGCACCUUAGAAAAAGAGGAACCAUCCCAUUCUCCAGCUCAAAUACCUCCAGCUUCAGUGACUCCCCAGAACUUAAAGACUGCUGCUGGCAGUGCUAAAUUAAGCUCACAGUUAUCUCCCAGCCCUCAGGAAACAGGUACUUUACCAUCCACAAGCUUUGUAUGUAACAUGAAAGAUAGUUCACCAGAGCUUUCAUUAAAAGACAGUACUCUUGUACCUUCUGAUAUAGUUACAACAGAUGUUUCUCUUGGUGAUCCACAAUCCAUAAUAGCAGAUAAUUCAGUUCAGGCCAUUUCUGAUGUUUCAUGCAACCAAAAUACUGGACCAUGUCUUUCUUCAGUUAAUGAAAAAGAUAAACUUUUUCAAACUGGCACACAAAUAACUCCCAUUUCAUUAAAACCAGAAAGCAUUCCAGAAAAUUUGUUUUAUCCUGUUUCUUCAGUUAAUAAUGCUAACAGUGUACAGAAGGAACACUCUGAAAAUUUCCUGCAAUCUCUUAAAGUAAGUGGAGGUGAUCAGAAUAUGUUACUGCCCUGUUCAAUAGACAAUAGUUCCCAUGAAGAAAAACACAAUGUAGAACAUGUAGCCACUGAAGUACCAAUUACCCCUGCUGAAAGUAAAUCUAGGUUUGAUGCAGAAGUCCGAGGAGGAGCAUAUCUUCCACAUACCAUCACUUCCCUGCAUGGUAAUAAAGGUGGUGGAUUUCCAUUAACAGCUGACAAUUCCAGAAACAGCACAGAUGAAAAUUUAAUCUCUGAUGAUAAGAUGCUUUUAGAUUUGCUGAACAAAACAUUUCAGUUAGGCACAGCUUGUCCAGCUAAACCAAUAUUGCAGCCAGACAAAACUGGCAUAACUGCUAUGAAUGAGAUAGAGAGCCCAACAAUAAAAGAAAAGCUGUUCCAGCAUACACAGAUGGACAAAGAUUGCACUGGCCCGCAGAAACCAGUGAAGCACUAUGAAGAUAACUGGAGUGUUGACUCUAAAGACAAGUUCUUCCUUAUUUCACAAGAUCUUCAACUGCCAGACAACUCAGUAAGUGAAGAUAAGCUUCCCUCUGAUAGCACAAAAGACAGACUCAGUGAUAUAGAAAAAAGGAAAAACAGACCUUCAGUUAAAAAUAAACUGACAGCCAUCUGCAAAAUGAGCCGAAAAUACUCUAGUAAAAAUUUACCUCCCAAACCAAACAUAAGUAAUAUCUUUUCACAGAAUGAUGGAGAUGCUGCUCCUUUAGAGAUUAGCAUGUCCAAGAGUACAUCAGUUUCAGCUGAUUCCACCCUGUCGUUUCUGCAAACUGGGAAUGAGAUCAAGAAUCAAAACCUAACCCCUCCUGCCAUGAACGUCUCUGUGCACAAAAUAAUUGAGAGUAAAAGAUCACAGGCUGAUGAAGAUCUUUCACUGGUUACUAAGAACAACAAUCAGAAAACACUCACAGAGUCAUGCAGGCAGAGAGGAGAAGCUGGUUCUCCUAAACAAAAUAAGAAUAAAGUGGAAAGUGUGUUAAGCCCAACAACCCUAUUACCAGAGGAAAUAAUGGUUGCCAGAAGUAAAAAUUUCCAAGCAUCUAGUUCUGUGUUUGAAAACAGAAAUAAACCUGUCUUCUCCACCAGCACUGCAGCGGACUCAUUAGACAAUCAAAACAGAACAGAUACCAGUAAGUCUCACCAUCCCCCAUUGUUGCCAGUUUUACCUGACACAAACUCAAACAGUUUUAUAAAUAACUACUUACAGGCAAAUAUCUGUCUGCAGCAAAAGGUGGUUUCCCCAUGUGAGAGGAAUCACAAGUGGAACCGCCACCAGUCAAGCAGUUUAAAAAAUGUGAACUUACACAGUGACCAGUUGCGCAUGAGUCGAGCAAGGAAUCAACGUGAACGUCACUUUUCUGAAUGCACCUAUGCACAAGAUCCUCAGGACAGCCUGGCCUCUGCUGGCUGUUCUGCUGAUUUUAUGCCUACAGGUAGCAGAAGCAGUAGAAAGUUUAAAUCGUAUUCAGAGCUGUUGUCUUCUGAUGAAAAUGAAAACUGGGCUUCGUCCAAUGAGAGAAACAGAGCUGUUGGCACUAGGCGUUUCAGGUAUCCCUCUGUUGAGUAUGGUAUAUUUGGAAAAGAGCAACAACUGGCUUUCCUGGAAAAUGUCAAGAGAUCACUCACAGAAGGACGAUUAUGGAGACCCUGCCUUCUUAAAAACACUAGCUUUGUGAGGGAUGAAGAAAGUCACUCUUUAAAUCGGUCUGAGCUCUUGAACUUAAGUUUUGCUGGGAGCAAAAUGUUAGUAGAUGGCUCAAACCCCAGAGAGCUACUUGGCGUCUAUCGGGAAGAUGCAAUGGCCUGUUCAGACUCGGAUACCAAUACCACCACGGACGAUGAAUACUACCUGGAUGAGAAUGACAAAGAGUCAGAAUUGUGAGCUCUUGUGAUAAAAGAUGGAGAAUGAGGCUCUGGUGUGUUUUGCUGUUUGCAAGGGUAUUUUGGUGGUUUCCUGCCUGGUUAUAAGCAUGUAAAAUAGUUUGAAUCAGAUCCUGUGAUGGUAUAAAUCACUGCAGUUCUAUUGACUUUGGUUAACUGAUGUUGAUUUCUCUUUUUUUCUCUUUUUUAACCUGUAUUAAAAUAGUAAUACUGUAGCCUAACCAUAAUUGUUCAUGCAAGCAAAAACCAAAUUCUCACUAUUUUUUUAUUAUAUAUUUGCAAAGCAUGGGAAGAUAGUUGUGGAGCCUUUUAUAAUAAUCAAAUACCAGAGAAGGCUUUGCUUCUCAGUGGGAGUUUGACUGGGCUCUUACUGGUUAGUGGUACAGUGUGAUAAUGCAGGGCUGUCCAACUUUGAAGUAGCUGGAGGCCAAGUACCCCAUGGGCUGCACCAGCUUAGGUGGCAUGCCUGUGGGCCCCACCAGAGCAAGCCGUAGGCAUGCCUAUGCCACAUGCUCCCCCUACCUCUGCUGUACUACAUGGCUCCUCCUCAUGCACCAUCCUCCACUGCUGCAUCGGGCACCUAUGUGGCCUCAGGGUCGUCUACAGCUUCUCGGACCAUGCUGUGCUGCACU